AUGACCAAGCCAAUUGUCCUCCACCUCGGCGACGACAUCCGUUGGAAUCAUGAUCAAUACAGCAAGUUCCAAGACGCCUUUGAUGUCCGCCGGUCCUACAGCAUGUCUCGGCCGGAGUUUAUCCGAGCCCUGAAAGAGCGCCAAUUCGGCGAUUUCUUUGCCAUCUACCGCCCAUUUUGGAAUACAGGUGGUGAGAUGGGAAACUGGGAUGAGGAGCUUGUCUCACUACUCCCAGGUUCCUGCAAGAUCUAUGCCAGUGCGGGAGCUGGAUUUGAUUGGGUCGAUACUGCAGCUUUGGCGAAAAGAGGUGUCACUUACUGCAAUGCAGCAGCAGCCUGCACAGAGUCCGUCGCCGAUGCCGCCAUUUGGCUCAUAAUCUCAACUUUCCGCCUGUUUUCCUGGUCCCACAUCGCCGCACGUACACUGGAUGCAGAUGCCUUUGUCGAUGCAAACCGCAAUCUGGCAAUGGUGUCACAUAAUCCCAAUGGGCACACACUUGGGAUCAUUGGAUUUGGUCAAAUCGGAAGGCGCACGGCUGAGAAAGCCUUUCUGGCCAUGAACAUGAAGAUUCACUAUCAUGACAUCGUGCAGAUGCCCGCUCAUCUGGAAGCCGUUUCAAAGGCAACAUACCACAAGAGCAUGGAUAGUCUGCUUGCUGUUUCUGACUGUGUUAUGGUGGCUACCCCGUUUAGCGGAGAGACUCUUCUCAAUGCAUCUUUGCUGGCUAAGAUGAAGACCGGUUCCCGACUCAUCAACAUCGCUCGUGGUAAGUUGCUUGACGAGAGUGCUCUCGUCGAUGCGCUUCGGAGUGGAAAGCUCGCUGCUGCCGGAUUGGAUGUCCACUACGACGAGCCCAACGUUAGCCCAGAACUUGCAAGUAUGAAGAACGUUGAGAUGAUGGCACAUAACGCUGGCGCUUCGGUGGACUCACAUAUCGGCUUUGAGAGGCUGGGUAUGGAGAAUAUCCUUGCCUUCUAUCAAACUGGAAAGGCUGUCACGCCUGUUAAUGCAAAUCUGGUUGCGAAAGCAACAGGAUCCAAACUUUAG